AAUGUGCAGCGUUGUGCUAAUUUCGAGAAUAAAAUAGCUCGACUUGUUGAGUGAGAGAUUCAGUUGCUCGCAAACGUUCUAGCCGCAAGUUUGGACAGCCGAUCAGGCAUAGAAAGGAUACAAAAUAGUUCAUCAGAAUGCAUUUCACUAUUGGAUUAAUGUGCCUGAUGGCUUUGGGAGUCAAUGCAGCACCCUCUCCCGCUGAUAGUAGCAAAUACUUUACGGCGAAAGAUUUGCCGAAAUGCUCAACGAACGAGGACCAGCUUGGGGAGUGCAUCAAGCAGAUAUUUAAUACGAUGACGCCGCGUCUCAAGGAUGGCAAUCCCGACCUGAAAAUUCCGCCCUAUGAGCCCUUCCACCUUAAUCGCACAAGUUUCCAGUACUCAAGUGGCACUGUCAACGGCCGCAUCACCGUGCGGAAUGCCAAGAUCUACGGAUUCGCGUCCAACACCGCCAAAGAUGUGAGCAUCAAGGUCGAUGGCGACAAAGUCAGGAUGCGCCUGAUCACCUACAUGCCGACGAUGAAAAUUAUAGGCAGCUACAAGGCCGACAUGCAGGUGAAUCAGCUCCAGCUGAAGCCCAAAGGCGAAUUCAACGUAACGCUGAAGGAUGUGGAGACGACGACGCUAACUGAGGGUGAGAUCUACAGGAAGGAUGGUCAUCGGUUCCUGCGCCUCAGCCGCAUCGAUACAAAGCCAAAGAUUGGAGAUUUAAAAAUCAAAGCCAAUGGAAUUUUCGCAGAUCCAGAACUGGAUGAACUAGCUCUCAAUGUCGCCAAUCAAUAUUGGCGCGAUAUCUAUGGAAUAAUGCUGCCUGAGACGCGUCAGUAUUGGCAGCCCCUCAUACUGCGCAUGUUCAACGAGUCUUUAGAACUGGUUCCCAUCGAUCAGUUUAUCGAGGAGUAGUUCAAUUAUUUAUAGAUUUACAAUUUGUGAUGAUGGCUUUAUAGUGCAUAUAAAUGAUUUCAUUGCAUUAGGUGAAAUUAAAUGAUAAUUGUUGUAUGUA